AUGCGUAUCCCACGCUUCUUCGGGAAUGUCUUGGGUUGGCUGAGGAACGCCGGCGCCCGCAUGUCGAAAAGGACUCCUCCUGAGAAGGGAGUAAGUCGCCCCAGGAAUGACCGUUUCCAGCAGCUUGCCUGCUAUAUGCUAGAGGGCGACUGUUCAUCCUACCUUCCCGACAAGGCUGCCGACAAGCCGGUGUCGGCCAAUUACCUGAAAGGGUACUUUUUGGCAAGGUCUGUGCCCACCCCAACGAUGGUCGGGUGCGGUGCUGCUGCGACGUUGUUCGUCAUCGCCUUCGCCUGGACGGUCAUCGGGAAAAAGGCCUGGGCCGCUGCCGACGGGAUGAUUCUCCGCGUCCCAGGGCUGGUAGUUACAGUUUUUCAGCCAACGUCAGUACUUCUGGUCGAGUGGUUCGGCCCACAGGACGUUCUCGAAAACCUUCAGGAGAGCUCGGCCCCCUACAUCAGAGAAGGUGACGACAACGGGAGUCUUCUCCUGCAUCCGUCUUCUUCUACUAUCGGACGCAGCAGGAACAGAGAGCUCCUUCUUCCCGACGGACCCAACCUGGAUCUGCUAGAGCCGUCGGAAGGGGAUCCUGCGUCGGGUGCUUUCGGGAAUGUUCGUUUCUUCAAGGGCAAGACCACCGGCGAAAUGAUGGCCCUCAAGACAGCAAAGGGCACCGCCGAGGGAACGAGGAGUAUCAUCUCGGAGAUUGACUUCCUCCGUGAGGUGACCUACGCCGAUCACCGUCACAUCGUGACAGUUUCGGAGGCAAGAACCACUCCAACGCCGAUGCUCCUCAUGAGAAAGGAGCCCACGACGUUGCGGUGCAUCGGGGACAGCCGGCGUCACGCGAGCCCAGGCGAGAUCGUCAAGGUGCUCGGAGGCAUCCUCGCUGCGGUCGAAUUCCUUAGCUCCGUCGGGUUUCUCCACAGGGACAUCAAGCCAGAGAACAUCCUCGUGUCCAAGGACGGAGAAGGAAUUAUCACCGACUUUGGCCUCUGCGUCCAGAAGGAGGUAGCAAUUCUUCCCUCGCACAUCGGCGACGGCACCGCGAACUACUCGGCAAAGGAGGUGGCGACUACGGGGUCGCGCCUGUCCUCCGAGCUGUUCUCGGUCUCCGUGUGCUUCCUGGAGCAGAUGCUCAGCCGCAACCCUUUUGAUGGGGAGGCAUUACUCUUGGCUAGCGAAGGGCGGAGGGCUUACCUCCAACGGGUGGGAGAAGAGCAACUCAACAUCGCCAAGCGUCUUGUCCAGGGCGUAAAUGCUUGGGUGGCCCUCCCCUACGGCGAUACGGAAAUCCGCGCAGCCGAGCGCCAAGCACACACGCUUGCACUGGAGGAGGCAUACUCCACACUGAAGGACAUCCGGUCGACGGAGUGGAGUCUCGGAGUUCGUAACGGCCAAUGGCAGCCAAACGCCGUCGCUCGUUCGGCUCUCGACAGCAUGGUAGUACCCUUGACGUUGUACGUCAAGCCAAGUGAGACGGACACCCGCACGAGGGAGGACCGGGAGCAUGCGGCAAGCGGCGAGGCCAAGAAUUCCCCUCUAAAGGUGUUCGAGGCGGCAGAUUGGAUCGCAUGGCUCCCUGGCACCACCAGAGCUCCUUGCACACAGGGUCUCCGCGAGGUGGUGUCGUUCGUGCUCGAGCGCGGGAUGCUCGAUGCCAACCCGUCCACGAGGCCGCAGAGCACAGCAGCCUUGAGGAAACUCCUCGACGAGGCCUUGAGGGUGUAUCAGGUCAUCGAGGCGGAAGGGAGAGGGGUCGACCAGAACCUUCGAGGUGGUUUAGAGGGGUACAUGCACAGCAGCACGCGGGAAUGA